UUAUGCUCUUUCAUUGAAACAAGGAAAGAUUGAGGCUCCAAAGUCUCUAAAUGCUCUGUCUCUCGUAUUUUUAUGGAAAGAUCUCGAUCUUUUGGAAUGUCUUGUAAAAUUCUCAUGCUUUAUUUCUUCUUGAGGCUUGCAUCUGCAGACAACAACAAUCAAUCUGGAUUCUUGUUCGAUGGUUACUUCAAGUUGGGUGGAAGUGUAAACCAUUCACACAUGUCCUCUCGAGUGAUAUUAACAGACAGUGGGCUAAGCGAAGCAGGCCAAGUCUUCUAUAACGAUUCUUUCAAAUUCAAGAACUCAACAACAGGUUCUGUCUUCUCCUUCUCCACUACCUUCAUCUUUUCUGUAAUAUCCAAGGACCCUGAAUUUAGCGGCCAUGGACUUGCCUUCGCUAUCUCACCAUCGAAAGGUAUUCCAGGAGCCUUACCAAAUCAGUAUCUUGGUCUUUUCAAUGCAACUAACAACGGAAUAAGUUCAAAUCAUGUUAUUGCAGUAGAGCUUGACACAGACCAAGAUUUCCAGUUUGAUGACAUAGAUGAUAACCAUUUGGGGAUUGAUAUUAAUGGCUUGGUCUCCGUGAAAUCUCUUCCUGCUGGGUACCAUAGUGAUGAUUGGCAUUUCAAAGAGCUAGUUCUCAAAAGUGGAAAACCACUGCAGGUCUGGGUUGAAUAUGAGAGCUUGAAUCAACAACUCAAUGUCACAAUCCAUCCAAUAAACAUACCUAAACCUAAGCUUCCACUUUUAUCCUUGAAAAGAGAUCUCUCCCCUUAUUUCUAUGAGCUCAUGUAUGUUGGCUUCUCAUCCGCUAGUGGGACUAAUUCUUCUCAGUACAUAUUGGGUUGGAGUUUUAGGGUGAAUGGUCAAGCUGAGGAGAUAAACCUGUCUAGACUUCCUGAUAUACCUGGUUUUAUAAGAAAUGAAGAGGGUGCAGGCGAUGGAUAUAGGAAACAACAAAAGAUUUUGGCAGUUGUAUUAUCUUUAACAGGGGGCAUUUUACUUCUACUCUUGAUUUUUGGAGUACUUAUUAUGAUUUCAAGAAGGAGAAAGUUCAUUCAGGUACUUGAGGAUUGGGAGGUGCUAUAUGGGCCUUAUAGGUUCUCCUAUAAUGACUUAUUCAUUGCUACGAAAGCCUUUGGAGAUAAACAACUUCUUGGAAAGGGGGGUUUCGGCAGGGUAUACAAAGGCAUUCUGCCAUUCUCAAAUAUUCAAAUUGCACUGAAGAGAAUUUCUCAUGAUUCCAGGCAAGGGAUGAAAGAAUUCGUAGCUGAAAUUGCAACCAUUGGCCGUCUCAGGCACCCAAACUUGGUUAGACUUCUGGGCUAUUGCAGGCGCAAGAAUGAACUUUUCUUAGUUUAUGACUAUAUGCCUAAUGGUAGUCUUGACAAGUUCCUUUAUCGAUUACCCAAUUACGUACUAAACUGGAAACAAAGAUUCAAAAUUAUCAAAGAUGUGGCAUCUGCACUCUUCUAUCUGCACCAACAAUGGGUACAAGUUAUAAUCCAUAGAGACAUCAAACCUGCCAAUGUACUCAUCGACAAUGACAUGAAUGCCAGACUAGGAGAUUUUGGGCUUGCCAGGUUAUGUGAUCACGGAAAUGAUCCUCAAACCUCUCAUGUAGCUGGUACUCCAGGCUAUAUAGACCCAGAUAUUGUGCAGAGUGGGAAAUCAAACACACGUACUGAUAUAUAUGCAUUUGGGGUCUUUGUGCUUGAGGUUACUUGUGGUAGAAGGCCUGUGGAUCCUCGAACUUCAACUGAGAAAGUAAUGUUGAUCGAUUGGGUACUGAACUGCUGGGAUAACGGAGCAAUUUUGGACACAGUUGAUAGUAGACUAGUGAAUGAGUAUGUCUUGCAUGAAGCUGAAUUGGUGUUGAAGCUUGGCUUGCUAUGUUCACACCCUGUGGCUGCAGUUAGGCCGAGCAUGUCUAGUGUAGUCCAAAUUUUAGAUGGAGCUGCUCAGUUGCCAGAAAAUACAAGUGAUGUAAUCAAAUCUCGAGAUUCGGGUUAUGCCUCCUGUCAAGGAGGCGUAGCAAAUGAAUUCCCUUCUGGGAACACUUCCAUUGCUUCAUUGACAUUUACAGAAUCAUUUGCCUCUGAUGGCCGUUAAUAUAUAAUGCAUUUCUGUUUGAUCCUUGUUUAUAUAUAUUUGUAUUGCAACUAAUACUAUACUUACAAGAGUAAUCAAUGAGUAGAAUGUUUAAGAAUGCA